AUGAAAGAUUUGUUUUUCGAUCAAAAUUACAAUAAAUACAACAUAAUUUUGGUUGCGUGGGGUAAGGGAGCAAAAAUCAGUUCGUACUACUUGGCCGCCGCCAACACACAAGUGGUGGGAGGGCUCGUUGCAUACUUUAUCAAUCGUUUGUGUGAAAUAUAUAACAUUAAAAACGACAUGUUUUCGCUGAUCGGACACAGUCUGGGCGCGCAUGUGAUGGGUCAGGCGGGUCGACGUCUCUAUAAGCCGCGUGUGGCCCGAAUCACAGGCCUGGAUCCGGCCGGACCCGGGUUUCGCGAUGAUGCCCGGAGACUCAAUAGAAAUGAUGCCUCACUUGUGAUUAUAUUACACACCGAUAUAUCGGAGUAUACGAUAACGGAAGGCUUAGGUCAGCCCUUACACUCAGGUCACGUCGAUUUUUUCCCAAAUGGAGGCAAAUUACAGCCGGGAUGCGCCUCAUCACGCGGUAUCUUAAAUGCAAUCAAAGCAAUCCGUGCUGACGAACAACUCUCGUGUUCACAUCUAAGAGCUUGUGAUUUGGGUAAAAGUUUAGGUAAAAGAGGAGAUAUGUGUUUACCGGUUGGUUACCGGUGCUCAGACUGGGAAGACUUUAUUGAGGGCCGAUGCGCCGAUUGUGGCCACAACAACAGUAAGUGCUUCCUUAUGGGUCUCUAUCCCUUGUAUUGGAUGGGCGUUGAGCUCCCGGCAGAACAUAAGCUCAAUUCAUCGACAUUUCAAUAUUUUCUCAAUACAGAAGCGACUGAAGAUUUUUGCUCAUUGCAUAUAUCAAAAGAGUCGGUGCAAUGUUUCGGAUCGAUAGCCAUUUCCAUCGAUGGUUUGGUCUCUUUCAGUGACAAUCCCCGAGACGUGACUAUUGAAAGGGAGUUGAGUCCCACAAAUCCGGGUGCUAUUCACACACUACUCGUCACAUUUGAUUAUUAUUUUAGACAAAUAAAUGGUGUGAGUGUUAAGUGGAAUAGAAACCAGAUUAAGUCAAAAGUGUAUUCAGCGGUUGAAGUGGUUAACUAUGCGGGUGGUGAUGACCUAGAGCCUUUUAUAGACGUUCAAUUUGUUGAAAUUAAUUAUAUGAGCCAUAUCUACGAAAAAGUACGAACUGAGAGGUCGGCCAUUCUGUGUCCGGUGAACCAAACCGUGUUGAUGGCUAGUGAUGACGAACAGGCAGAUUAUGUGGUUUGCGCGCCCGUGUGUGUCGUGCGGGACGUCGGGUGCGGUCGUCGGCGCACAACCACUACUGAAGCGGACGAUGAGGACACCGAUACGACGACUACGACGACCACAGAAACUGAUGAAAACUUAAAAGUGGAGAACAGCGACGAGACGACCACUACUGAUGCCGACACCACAACCUCUACUGAGUCCGACACCACAACCGCUGAGUCCGACGACGAAACCACAACUGCUGAGUCGGAUGACGAAACCACAACAAAACAUGACUCAAUCGACGAAACAACGACUACUGCCGGCGACGGAGCCGAUGGCAGUACCACUUCGGGCACAACUGUAAAGCCAAUGACAAAGAACGCUACCCUCGAGAAACUGGCUAAAGAGAUAGAAAGCGGACAAAUGAAGUUCUCGGUCACCGACACUAUCAGUAAAGGGUUUAGCAAACUUAAGGGUAUGAUAUCAGGAGUGGUUCCGGAGGGCGGCCUCAAGAACGCGGCCUUCUAUAAGAAUUACAAUAAGUUCGUGCAAUCCAUGUAUAGUAAGAUAUUUCAAGUGGCGGAGUAUAAGGAGAAGACAGACACUGGAAAGGGGGGUAAAGCUUCUGAAAGAAGCAACUUCUGGGUUACCGUUCCUCUACUCAAAAAUAUAUUGGGAAAGACAUGCUUCGAUGACAUCGGAUGUUUCUCAGCCAUGGAAUACCAGGAUUUCACUCGCCGUCCAAUACCAUUGCUUCCAAUGGCGCCUGAAUUCAUCCAGGCUACUUUUCAUGUGUUCACAUUAGACAACAAAUUAAAACCACAAAAUUUUAGAGCAAUGGUACCCCUAUACCACUUGGCCGCCACCAACACUCGAGUGGUGGGCGCAAUGCUGGCCUACUUUGUAACAACACUCACAAAAACAUUUAAAAUAAAAAACGAUAAAUUUUGGCUCAUCGGACACAGUCUGGGCGGACAGACAGUCGGUUACGCCGGGAAACGACUUAACAAUCCCCAAGUGUUCCGCAUUACUGGCUUAGAUCCGGCGGGACCCGGGUUUCAUUACGAGAAUAUAACAAUGCAUUUGGAUAAGUCUGACGCCACAUUUGUCGACGUUUGGCAUACGGAUAGCGCCGAGUCAUUUAGCGAAGGUAUGGGCAGCCUUUCAAAACGUGGUCACUUAGACUUCUUUCCCAACGGAGGUCUGAUGCAACCGGGAUGUAAGACCUCUCGAGGAAUCGGUCAUAUCAUACAUUCCAUAUCUUCCGGCGAAGAGCUCUCGUGCUCUCACACUAAAGCAAAUAUAUUCCCAAUAAGUUUGGGAAACAAUUUGACUGAAUGUAUGACAAUAGCGUACGACUGCCAGAGCUAUGAGACCUUCAUAGAGGGUCGGUUCUAUCACUACCAGUUUGGGAUUCACGUCAAUGAAGAGUCUGAUCCAUCCACAGGUGUGUUGGAUUUUACAUUGAAGGCCACUGUUAACAACACUGAAAGGAGUCUACAGUUUGAGAGAUAUAUGACGGGAACACAAAUCGGAGAAAUUCAUUCAUUUCUCAUAACAUUUGAAUUCAAGUUAUCGGACAUCACGUCAAUGACUCUCACAUGGAAUCCAUUUAUUAUUGAAUGUAUGACAAUAGCGUACGACUGCCAGAGCUAUGAGACCUUCAUAGAGGGUCGGUUCUAUCACUACCAGUUUGGGAUUCACGUGAAUGAAGAGUCUGAUCCAUCCACAGUGCAGUUACUGAGAGUGUACCUUAGUGAACGGGACAAGUUAUCGUUCAUGUUAUGUGCAAAGGAUGGCAAAUCGGACCUCACUAUUAAGACGGGACGAGUGGAGUACGAGAAGUGUAAAACACACAUAGAGUUGGAUCACGUGGGUUUCCUCCGCGGGGAGCUGGACAACCACGGCAACCGGCGGUCGCGACUGUAG